UUUUCAGAUGGCUGGUGUUGUCAGGCAAUGCUGCAGACCACAGCUGUUAAAUAGGCAAAGGAAGACUCAAGCAUAAACUAAAUCCUGGACCAGGCAGCCAUCAAAUGAUGUAUUUUUUAUGUUCAGCUAUGAAAGCUCAAAUUGAAAUUAUUCCAUGCAAGAUCUGUGGAGAUAAAUCAUCAGGAAUCCAUUAUGGUGUCAUAACUUGUGAAGGCUGCAAGGGGUUCUUUAGGAGAAGCCAGCAGAGCAAUGCCACGUACUCAUGCCCUCGGCAAAAGAACUGCCUGAUUGACCGAACAAGCCGGAAUCGGUGCCAGCACUGCCGGUUACAGAAGUGUUUGACGGUGGGAAUGUCACGAGACGCUGUCAAGUUUGGUCGGAUGUCCAAGAAACAGAGGGACAGUCUGUAUGCUGAGGUACAAAAGCAUCGCCUGCAGCAGCAACAGCGAGAUCACCAGCAGCAACCUGGUGAAGCAGAGCCCCUGACUCCAACGUACAAUGGGCUCACAGAACUGAACAGUGACCUCAGCAACCUCUACAUGGACGGGAACACACCAGAAGUGGGCAAAGCCGAGUCAGGAAUGAACAACUUCUAUUUGGACAUUCAGCCUUCCCCGGACCAGUCCGGUCUAGACAUCAAUGGUAUUAAACAAGAACCCAUAUGUGAAUACGCAGCAGUGCCAGAUUUCUUUCCUUACUGCUCCUUCACAAGCGGUGAAAGCUCUCCCACUGUCUCGAUGACAGAAUUAGAGCACCUUGCACAGAACAUUUCCAAGUCCCACCUUGAGACCUGCCAAUACUUGUGGGAGGAGCUGCAGCAGAUCACAUGGCAAGCCUACGUACAAGAGGAAGUGGAGAUUUACCAGAAUAAGCCCCGAGAGGUGAUGUGGCAGCUCUGUGCACUCAAAAUAACUGAAGCGAUCCAGUAUGUGGUGGAGUUUGCAAAACGGAUUGACGGGUUCAUGGAACUGUGUCAAAACGAUCAGAUCGUACUCCUCAAAGCAGGUUCUUUAGAAGUUGUAUUUGUCCGAAUGUGUCGAGCCUUCGACCCACAGAAUAAUACGGUUUAUUUUGACGGGAAGUAUGCUGGUCCAGAUAUCUUCAAAUCAUUAGGUUGUGAUGACUUGAUCAACUCCAUCUUUGAAUUUGGUAAAAGUAUGUGCGCAUUGCACCUAGUGGAGGAUGAGAUUGCCUUGUUUUCUGCAUAUGUGCUGAUUUCUGCAGAUCGUCUUUGGCUUCAGGAGAAAAUAAAAGUUGAGAAACUGCAACAGCGAAUCCAACUAACACUUCAGCAUAUUUUACAGAAACACCACAGAGAGGAUGGCAUUCUGACAAAGCUCUUAUCUAAAGUCUCCACGUUACGAACACUGUGUAAUCGACAUAUUGAGAAGCUGUCUUCAUUCAAAGCAAUACACCUGGACAUUGUGCGGGUCCACUUCCCUCCGUUAUAUAAGGAGCUGUUCAGCUCCGAGUUUGAGCAGAUGAUGCCAACAGAUAGUUAAACAUUGUCACCAGAGAAGAUCAGACCUUGGAAGUACCUGCAUCAAGUUAUUGAAGAUACUUUACAUUUUUCUGUUGCUGCACUGCAGUUGCUGUGCACAGCCCAAGAGAUUAAAGAGGCGACAUA